AUGUGUCCGUUGAGGUUCCUAUUGGUGUUCUUCUCUGCCGUACUCGCCGGAUAUUUCGCGUGGAAGACGGUUAGUUCUUCGCCGGAACUCAUCUCGGACGACUCACCUGUCGAAUUGAAUGAGAAACAAGGACUCGAUUUCAAAAAGAAGAUGGAGAAUGGUUUCUGGGUUUUCGUCGAUAUGGCCAGCGGAAGAUAUCUUUGGAGGAAUCUCAAGGAAAUGAAAGAGAAAAGUCAAUGA